UCAGUUGGUCCUCCGUUCAUGCUUGGAAAGCACAAGCAUGGCCGUUAUAAAAGCAACUUCGUUGCUCUGCGCAGGAUGAAGACAGCACUACUGUAGCGGGGCGCCUCCACCCUCAUGCGGACUCUGUGCAUAUAUAUCGCCGUCUUGAGGAGGGGAAAUUGAGAGAGUGUGUCCCUUGGGACGACCUUCGCUACCGGGCACUCAGCCGACCUGUGUUCGGAGCAGAGUCACACUUGACCUUGGGAAGAGGCGAGACGAGGAGCUAUGGCUAUGGCUAUGGCGGCGGGUUGGCGGUGUAAACGGCCGUCAGCAGCGACAGCCGGGAGCUCUUUGCUCCUGCUGGCGAUUUCCAUUUCGCUGUCUGCACUACCGAUGGCAGCAGCGUACGGGUUGGACGAUCUCUUGGCGGCGAUCAACGAUUUCAAUGUGGUCUAUCAUGAGGUGAAAGGCGACGUGGUCCUCAACGCCUCCUUACCACAGCUGGCCUUCGGCAGAAGCUUCACGCUGGUGGGCAAAGCGCCAGGUGGCAGACGUCCAGUGAUUGACGGAGCCUUCCAGCUGGGUGGAUUGAGCCCUCUCGGUCUGACUUUGAGGAACUUGGAAUUCAGGAACUUCAACGGAACGCGACCGAUUUUCUCUGUGUUGGGUUACGACGUCGACAUUCAAGACUGCGUUUUUCGCGGGAAUCGGGUGACACGCGGAGGUACCGCCUCGGCGGUCUUUGUUUUGGGCGGGAACUUGGCGAUCUCCCGCUCUUCCUUUCUCGGAAACCAGGUGGCGGCGCAAGGUAGCGGAGGCAGCGGCGGCGCAGUCUAUUCGCAGAGCGCCGGGAGGGUGGUGAUCGGGCGCACGGUCUUCCGCAACAACCAGCUGAAGCAGGCGGGAGGCGCGGGAGACGGCGGCGCGAUGUCUAUUUACUUCGCCAGUCUGUACACCAUCACCGACUCUACAUUUGAAGGUAACGGGGUGGAUGGCAUCGGGGGCGCGAUAGCAUCUACCGGCUCUGGCGAGGGGAGGAUCCUGCGGUCCAGCUUCGUGCGCAACUCCGCCUACUCAACAAAAGGAUCCUACAAACGGUAUGCAGCAGGCGGGGCCAUCAAUAUGUACGGUGACAACGUCACUGUCAUCAGCGCAUGCACGUUCACAGGUAACAAGGCGGAGGGCAGGCGAGGAGGAGCGGUGUCCUUGUCGAUGUACCAGGCGGUGGCGACCAUCUCCGGCUCCAAGUUCGAGAAGAACGCCGCGGGGACAUACGGUGGGGCUGUGGGUGCGCGAGUCGUGCCCGGGAGCUUCACCGAGGGCAAACGUGGAUUUGCGCUGUUUGACGGCGGGCCUCCGAGUAGUAGACUGAAGUUCUGCAGAGGGAACACGUACUCGGGGAACGUGGCGGGGAGUUCAGGCGCGAAGAAUAUAUACGUGGACUUGCGCAACAGCUCAGUGAGUGGAGUGUCCUUCUGCCCGAGCAGGCCUCCUCUUGCUCUCAUCCAAGCGGCGCCUGACACGGGGAUUGGAUGUAUAUUGCUUGAUUGUUCUACCCCUGUUCCCACACUCCCUACCCCGCCGUGUUCUGUGAUUACCGGAACUUCUCAAGUACCGCAUCAGUUCAGACUGAUGUCGACGGAACAGGACACCGGGGCACUGCCACGACGCAGUGCCAGAAUCGCAGUUCGUGCCCGCCCUGCAGUACCUCCAAGACCGAAGAAACUCAGCAGACGGACGACUCCAGCAGCAUCAAGUACGGCAUUAACGAUACAAGACGCCACCGGAGAUCAUCCCGCAUACCCAGUCCGAGGAGCCAAUGAGCCMGCGGCUGAUUAUCGUGGGCGGCUACUGGCAUUUUUAGAAGCCGUAGCUGCCGUCGAGGCCCGGAAGGAGACAGCAGAGGCAGAACGUCAGCGGCUAGCCAAUGAAGCGGCAGCCGAAGCUCAGCGAACGACUGAGACUGACGCAGCGACACGAGACAGACGGAAUGCCAGCAGCACGGAGUCCUUGAUUGUUUGUGAGCAUCAGUGGACGACGAUAUUCCAAGACAUGAUCUUUGUGCCUACAGAAGCGCAGGCAGACCCGACACCGGCGGAGGCAGAGAGAAGUAACCUGGCUAACUUGCUGCUGGGCAUGAUGAGAGGUAUUAUGUGGAAUAAUACACUGCUGCAGUCACAUCUGCGCGCAGACGUGGUGCAGCGACAAACAUACAAGAAUGAUAUGACUACGUUAACCACUGCUAUCCGCACAGAGGCAAUGCAGCAGCAGCAACAGCAUGAACUGUUGAAUUCCACUGUCACACGCGUCAACAGCAUAGAGGCUAACGCCUCAGCAGCGCCAGGCUGCACGACAGACGUGACGAAGCAACUCAACGAGCGCAUCGAUCACGUCGUCACCAUCAUCGGCGACAUAAGUACGUUCACUGGACCAGACUCGAUCAGCAGCACGGUGGCCGCCAUCAAGACGGACCUCACCAAGCUACAGACAGACCGGAAGCCGCUACAAAGACGUCUUGGCCCGCGCGUUCGAAGAAAGACGCAACCUACGCAAGUUACGCUCGCGGACGGCCGCACGCAAAAGGCAACUGACCGAUGCGUUGACGGCGUUCCGGUCUACUUUGCGCCACUUGCGUGCGAGCCGGUGUCUUUUGACAUCCUCGACACCAAGUUCGACAUGAUUCUAGGCAUGUCUUGGUUGCGUAGCGCCGAUCAUCCRGUGAACUUCCAUGACCGAACCGUUCACACCCAUGAUCGGAACGGAGUGUUAGUCCCAUGUACGGUCGCGACCCCUCACACUUCGAUUGCUUGUCACGUGGUUUCCGUUGCGAGAAUUCGCGACGCCAUUGCUCGGAAUGACRUCGAGGAGAUGGGCCUUGUAUUCUUGCAUGCUCUCCCCUCGCCGGUCGGACCAGCCGCGUCACCGCCGGACCCACGCAUUUCUCACCUCUUGGACGAGUAUAGAGACGUCUUCGAGGCAUCCACCGGAACGGUUCCGGAUCGGCCCAUACGUCACGGGAUCACUCUCGAGGCKGGCGCCGUCCCUCCGCGUGGAUGUAUCUACCGCAUGAGCGAAGAGGAACUCGAAGUGCUUCGCGCACAACUCAAUGACCUUCUCGACAAGGGCUGGAAUCGCCCUAGUUGCUCGCCAUACGGUACACCUGUUCUCUUCGUCCGGAAGAAGAACAAAGAUCUACGGUUAUGCAUCGACUAUCGGAAAUUUAACGCACAAACCGUAAAGAAUGUCGGCCCUCUCCCUCGGAUUGAUGAUCUCCUUGAGCGGUUAGGCGGCGCGACGUACUUCUCRAAGUUGGAUCUGAAGUCAGGUUACCACCUGAUUGAAAUUCAGCCUCAAGACAGGUACAAGACCGCGUUCAAGACGCGGUAUGGGCAUUUUGAGUGGGUGGUCAUGCCAUUUGGCCUCACCAAUGCCCCCGCAACGUUUCAAGCAGCRAUGACGACUGAGUUUCGCGACUUGCUCGAUUGCAGCGUCCUCAUCUACCUUGAUGAUAUCUUGGUUUAUAGUAGGACGUUGGACGAGCACAUCGUACACCUUCGCGUUGUYUUGAAUCGUUUGCGACUAGCCAAGUACAAAGUGAAUCUCGACAAGUGCGAAUUCGCCAGGCAAGAGCUUGAGUACUUGGGCCAUUUUGUCACGCCGAAAGGCAUUCGUCCCUUAGCGGACAAGAUCCAAGCCAUCGUGGAUUGGCCGGAACCCCGUUGCACGACGGAUGUACGCUCGUUCAUGGGUUUGGCUGGAUAUUAUCAGCGAUUCGUCGAGUCAUACUCGAAAGAUGUUUCGCGCAAACUCCUUCCGAAAUGGUUCGGACCAUGGGAAGUCACUUCUGCCGUUGGAGACGACCCCGCCGGUCCUUCCUUCGUGAUCAACAUUCCACCGCACCUAACAGUGCAUCGGGUCUUCCAUGCAUCGAAGUUGGCCAUCUACAUGCCACCUCCAGUUGACGAAUUCCCCGGACGUCGAUCACAGGAUCCCCCUUCUGUGGACGGACAUCAGGAAGUUGACCGAGUCAUCAYGCACCGCAAGUAUGGCAACAAGCCAAGGCAAUACAAGGUCACAUUCAAGCAAUGUGCGCCUGAUGACACUCGGUGGAUCUCCAGUGAAGAUUUGCAGACUUCUGCACCCCUCAUCUUCRCAGACUAUGAGAAGCGACGCCUUGCUAAGGACGCAGCUCGUCCUGCCCGACCCACCUCGGUAUCGGACAGACAACUUCGCCCUCGCAGGUAGCUCGGACUUUUAAGAGGGGGAGUGUGUUACAUCUUCGACUCACGGGUCCUACCGGACCCGACUUAGGGCCGGAGGGACACACCAGGGCCUAAAGGCCUGACCUUUGGGGUUACAGGCCCUAAAGGCCUGAUUUUGGACCAGCACCCAUCGGGUAGGCCCAAACGACACUUCGUUUGGGCCUGGCGGCGCUCUUGAAGCUGUCGCCCGCCGAUUGAGGCUGAACCGUCCAUCUGGACGGUCCAGGGUCUGGCCUGGCCUCGCAGCAUUGAGGCCAGACCAUUGCCUACCGAUAUAAGUACCGGUACCCGCUUCAGUUGAGGCAUCGGCCUACCGGAACUCUACCGGCACGGCAUGGUCAGUCUAUGUGAGUCAGUCUAUGUGAGUCAGUUCGUUAUCAGACUUCCGCUGCAUAAAUGCUCAUCCUAUAUUGGUUGAUCUUUGGUUCUGCCCAUACUCAUUGAAGUAUGUAACACUGUAGCGGGCUGGCUAUAAUCAGCGACUUCAUUUCGUGAACCUCAUAUGUGUUUUGCCUCGACAUAUGUGUUGUGCCUGGACUCCAUUACGUUAUUAAAAGAGUAAAAUGUACUUUGCCAA